GCACUUGUUCACAAAGAUUUAAAAAUAUAUAUAUUUGAUGUUUGAGAAUGGUCCAUGAGAUAGAGAACUUCUAUGGUGUGUAUCUGCUGUAUUGCCUCAAUGAGCGAUACAAGGGUAGGACUUACAUCGGUUUCACGGUUGACCCAAAUAGACGUAUCAAGCAACACAACACAGGGGCACAUGCAGGAGGUGCAUACAAAACCAGUGGCAAAGGGCCAUGGGAAAUGGUGCUGAUUGUUCAUGGGUUUCCGAAUGAGAUAUCUGCAUUAAGGUUCGAGUGGGCCUGGCAGCACCCAGAAAAAUCCCGGAGGUUGAAACAUUUGACUAAGAAAAGAAAAAGCGAGAAACAGUUUGACUACAGAUUCAGAAUUGUGUCUGAGAUGUUGCGGACAGCCCCCUGGAAGAGACUAGCCCUGACAAUUCGUUGGCUGAAACAAGAGUUUUCCAGGGAUUUCGACCCCAGCCUCACCCCUCCCUUACACAUGGCUUUGGCAUAUGGACCUGUCAGAAGUACCAAAGUGAAACCAGGCUCAACAAAGGGAGGUAAAUCUCCAAGCAAAUCUGACAAAGGGAACAGCGAUGAGAUUGCUGUACCUUUAAGACGACAUUCACGAUGUGCUGUGUGCAAAGACAUUUUACAGCAGGACCCAGAUGAGGUAACAGUGAGCUGUUACCACCCCAGGUGCAUGAUGGUGUCCCACAUUGUGUGUCUGGCAAAUCGUUUUCUGUCCCGGGAGCGAAGAGUGGUCACCCAAGGAGAGCCAGAGGAGGUCACUCAUAUGGUUCCAGUGGAGGGAGCGUGUCCUCGAUGCUCCCAGCCCCUCUUGUGGGGUGAUGUGAUCAGGCACAAACAUGGCUGCUACCAGAACCUCACACAGAAAGCUGAUGAAGUUGAUGGGGAGGAGAUAGACCACUGGUCCAACGAUCUGCUGUCCCAAAAGCCACCUUGAUCUUGCCUACAUGGAAAUAGUCACCUUGACCUUGCCGGUUUUGGAACAGCAUCCUUGACCUUGCCUAUAUGGGAACAGCCACAUUGACCUUGCCUGUAUGGGAACAGCCACAUUGACCUUGCCUUUAUGGGAACAGCCACCUUGACCUUGCCUGUAUGGGAACAGCCACAUUGACCUUGCCUGUAUGGGAACAGCCACAUUGACCUUGCCUGUAUGGGAACAGCCACAUUGACCUUGCCUUUAUGGGAACAGCCACCUUGACCUUGCCUUUACGGGAACAGCCACCUUGACCUUGCCUUUAUGGGAACAGCCACCUUGACUUUGCCUUUAUGGGAAAAGCUCCAUUGACCUUGCCUGUUUUGGAACAGGCACAUUGACCUUGCCUUUAUGGGAACAGCCAUGUUGACCUUGCUUUUAUGGGAACAGCCACCUUGACAGUACCUGUAUGGAGCGGAGAUGGAGUCUUUCUCAUGAUUGAUAUAAAGGCCAUAUAGAGGUGGUGUUGUACAUCUUGAAUUAACUCCUGCUAGUUUCUGAAAUACUGUGACUGUUUCUUAAGAGAGUGAGUGUAAUGGAAAGGAAGCAUUACAAAAUAUGGAUGUUCAUCACAAAAGAUAAUCUUUAAUACGAAAUUCCAAUAUGAACUGUAAUUAAACACAUACAUGACUGAGAGUAGAUCUACAACAAUAUUUUGAAUAUAUUUUAUGUUCUUGAGUAAGGACAGAUUAUGAAUAAAAUUGAUUGUGUAUGUAUACGUGUGUUUUAAAAACAAGUUGUAAAACAUUUUUUUCUUUUCCGUUCUAAAGUCUUUUAUAUUGCCUCUUCAGAAAAUAACUUAUCACUUCUGUAUGUAAAUAUGAACAGGCUCAAGUUAACUCUUGAUUGUAAAUAUAUUGCUCUAUAUUUGUCAAAUUCAUCUUCAUAAACGGGUUGAUUUACGCGUAACUUUGUAAAAUAAACACUUGACUUAGCAUUUUAUAUCUAACAGAAGCUCAGAAAUGCAGUUGCAUAUAUUUUGUUCCAUGAUAUUCGCAGUGUGAUGGAGUACAUGUAUUGUCACCACUUUCUAUAGACAUAAACUGGCUGCACAAUCCACACAUUACCGGUACUUUCUUUUGUAGCUUAUUAAUUAUAAAUGCAAGGGUUUUUUUAUUGAUUUUGUUGGAUUGGUGUACCGUAUGCACUGCUCAUUUUAAAUAUGAUUAAUAGAUUCUCUAAUGCAUCAUAUUUUUUAUGAUCCACCUGUAUGUACACCUUAUUAGCAUGUUGCUAUGACUGCUUCUUGUCUUAUUGUUACCAUGAAUUAUAAUUUGUGGGUGUCAAAAUAAUCCUACAGUAGCCAACAUACGUGUCCUGUGCUAAGGACUUGAGUAAACAGUCAUUAAAUGGCUGUCUUGUAACUCGAUACAGUGUAAGCACGGCAUGGUUUAUUUGCAUAUCAGCUACCACUUUGUUCUUAUAACAUGUCAAUGUGUGAUAGGGUUAAACUUUUCGAGUUUGUUCAAAUUUACCAUUAAAGAAGGAUCAAACACUUAUAACUAACCAUUAUACUGAAAAAUAAAUAAAAUUGAUACAUGACGAGUAAAAAUGAAAAAUAUUUAUAUUGAUUGCUUAAAGAAGAUAUUAAUUUAUUGGUGACAUUAUAAUACUAUGAAUGUAUUUAACUCCUUAUUCUCUGCAUACAUUCUUAUCAACUGUACCCGAUCACCUGCUAUUGACAUGUGCUCUAUAUAGAUCUGUUUAUAUUCAUGUUGUUGCAUUUUAAUGCAAGCUGUAUGUUUUAAAUAAAUGUGUUUUGCAUUGAGUCUAGUUACACACUUAGAGAUUUUAGCUGGGUUUUAAAAAGGGCAGAGUGAUGCAGAAAAGGAGGACAGGAUGAUAAAAGUGA